AAUCUCUCUUCCUCUCUUCUCUCAAUCUCGAUCUCUAGAUCUCGGCGACGAUGGUGGUGGCUCUGGGUCCAGGGAAGUUCUACGGGAGCAGUCUCCCAAGGCCUCGCUUCUACUCCGACGUCAAGCUCUCGCCGGAACGCAUCGAUCCACCACCUCCAGUGAUGGAACCCUUCCUCGAGUGGGCUCGCGAAGCGCACUGGUCCAUGGGCGGUCUCAGCUCCCAACGCCACCGUCUCCAAGGCCGCAUCGAAGGCUCAAUCAAGAAGCUCAAGGCCCAAGCGGAAUAUAAAUCCCUAAUUCCCAAACACAAGAUGAAGACCACCAUCAUCCCCGAUCCUGAUCCCAUUGAGUCCGAUUCCUCCGAGGAUGGAAGCGCUAGCCCUUUGAUUCGAGAGAGGAAGAGGGCGCGUAGACUCUGGGCGGAGUUCGAGCAGGCUGCUGAAGAUGAAGGGAUUGCUUCUCGAACUCGAAGCCGAGUUCCAACUCCUCGUCCUUCGGAGAAGAAGACGAAGAAGGAGACGAAGGAGACUGUGAAUUCGGAGCCUCGCCGGACUUCGCCGAGAAAGAAGAACUAGGUCUUGGUUUAGAAAUAUUUGCUUUUCAAGAUGAAAUUUUUGUGAGAUUGUUCCAAUGCUUGGGUUUCAACUCAGAUGUUUAUGUUUUAAAU